GCUCACGUGACAGCCCGGAACCCGGCAGGUUGCGUGAAGCUCAGGGUUUUGACCAAAACAAACGGCGACGGUGCCGUGGUGGGGUCUAUGGCCGAGGCGGUGAAGCCCCAGCGCCGGGCCAAGGCCAAGGCCGGCCGGACGAAAGCCAAGGAAAAGAAGAAAUCUGAAACCCUUCAGAGGGAAGACUCCGAUGAAGUCUCCCUUCCGAAAACCUCCAGAGAGCAAGAAAUCCCUUCUCCAGCCCGAAAGCUCAGAGAAGACUAUUCAAAGGUGUCAGCUGGCUCCCUGCCCCAGGGUGAUGCCGGUGGACAGAAUGAAAGUGAAAUGUUCAAUGUCCCACUCACCUCCUUAACGCUGAGCAACGAGGAGUCCCUGGCACACACUGCUGAUCCUCUGGAGGAAGCAGGGGUGAUUGGAGCCUGCGUGGGGGCCAGUGCAGUCAACCCAAAAGCUGACCCUGGAGAUGAUGUAGGGACUAUGGUGGAGACCUCCGAGAAGUGUACUGAGGUAGAAGAAGACAUGUUGGUACAGUGUGGACUUCCCGAAAGUGCACUUCACACUAAUGUUUCUUGUGCUCAGCAGGAAAUGGUAAAUUUACAGGUCAGAGAAACUCAGAAUAGCAGAGAAGACAAACAGGCCGUGGGCUGCAUUUCAGAGGUACUGCAGAGUGCUGGCAUGCAGAACUCUGGUGAAGCCACACCUGUGUCCCAGCCACCCAGAGUGAAGAAGCUGUAUCCACCACUGCCAGCUGAGGUGGCCGGAGCAGUGCCAGUGGUGGUGGCUGGGAAGCCCUGGCUCCGGAGGGGGCUCUACCCAGAGCUCCCCUUGCAGCCGGAGCUGGUACCGUUCACCAAAGAACAGCUGAGAAUCCUGGAGCCUGGCUCUUGGCUAGAAAACGUUGAGUCGUAUCUGGAGGAGUUUGACAGCAUGGCUCAUCAGGACCGGCACGAGUUCUACGAGCUGCUUUUGAACUACUCACGCUGUAGGAAGCAGCUGCUCCUGGCAGAAGCGGAGCUGCUCACACUGGCAUCUGACUGCCAGAAUGCCAAAAGCCGGCUGUGGCAGUUCAAGGAGGAACAAAUGUCUGUGCAGGGAAUCUGUGCAGAUCAAGUGAAAGUUUCUGGCUAUCAUCGCUACCAGAGAGUAGAGAUGAGCGAGAGCGCCCUGGGGGAACUGAGGAAGCUGUUUGAUGCCAAGUCCGAGCAUCUGCACCAGACGCUGGCCCUUCACUCUUACACCUCCGUGCUGUCUAGGCUGCAAGUGGAGUCAUACAUCUACGCGUUGCUCAGUAGCUCGGCCGUCUUGAGGUCAUUGACGAUCCAUCAGCAGGGCCAAGCUUUUAAAGCAACAGACAGCAUUCCUUCCGAUCUGUGUCAACUAAAGGAAUGCAUUAGUGUACUCUUCAUGUUCACCAGGAGAGUCAAUGAAGACACGCAGUUCCAUGAUGAUGUUCUUCUCUGGCUGCAGAAACUGGUGGCAGUGCUACAAAGAGUUGGCUGUCCUGGAGAUCACCUCUUCCUUCUAAACCACAUUCUCCGAUGCCCUGCUGGUGUUAGUAAAUGGGCCAUUCCUUUCAUCCAGAUCAAAGUGUUUAAUAACCCGUCAGGGGUCUUCCAUUUCAUGCAGUCCCUUGCCUUGCUGAUGUCUCCUGUCAAAAACCGAGCCGAGUUCAUGUGCCACAUGAAACCCAGUGAGCGGAAGUCAUCCUCCUCGGGGCCUGGCUCGGGGACCUGGACGCUGGUGGACGAGGGAGGAGAAGAGGAUGAAGACCCUGAGACUAGUUGGAUUCUCCUCAAUGAAGAUGACCUGGUCAUCCUGUUAUCACAGUUUCCGUUUCAUGAACUUUUUCAGCAUCUGCUUGGGGUCCAGGCACAAGGUGAUUAUUUACCUGAAACAACCAGACCUCAAGAGAUGAUGAAGAUUUUUGCCUUUGCCAACUCACUCGUGGAGCUCCUAGCUGUGGGGCUGGAAACCUUCAACAGGGCACGCUACAGGCAGUUCGUGAAGCGUAUUGGCUACAUGAUCAGGUUGACGCUUGGUUAUGUGAGUGAUCACUGGGCACAGUACCUGAGCCACAACCAAGGCGCAGAGGCUGCCCUGCUGCCCUACUCUGUGGAGAAGCUGCAGGUUGAAUUUGAUGAGCUGUUUUUGAGAGCCGUCCUGCACGUGCUGAAGGCCAAGAGACUUGGCAUUUGGCUGUUCAUGUCUGAGAUGCCGUUCGGGAUGCUGUCAGUUCAGAUGCUCUGGAAACUCUUCUACCUCAUGCAUCAGGUGGAGUGUGGAAGCCUGCAACCUCCCGGUGCUGCCCUGCAGCCGGCCCAGUGCAAGCAGCGGCUCCAAGACCCAGAACACUUUGCAAAUGUCGAGAAGUGUCUGUCUUCCAUGAACAGCUCAGAGGAGAUCUGCCUUCUGACAACCUUUGCGCAGAUGGCUCAGGCCAGAAGAGCUGAUGUGGAUGACGACUUCAUAAAGAUUAUUAUUCUGGAGAUAUAUGAGGUAUCUUAUGUCACCCUGUCCACCAGAGAGACUUUCUCAAAAGUUGGUCGAGAACUUCUAGGGGCCAUCACAGCUGUUCACCCUGAGAUGAUUUCUGUCCUUUUGGAUAGAGUUCAAGAGACCAUUGACCAGGUUGGGAUGGUUUCUCUGUACUUGUUUAAAGAACUGCCUUUGUAUCUUUGGCGACCUUCUGCCUCUGAGAUAGCUGUGAUUCGGGACUGGUUGUUGAAUUACAACCUGACAAUGGUGAAGAAUAAACUGGCCUGUGUUAUUCUGGAAGGACUGAAUUGGGGAUUUGCGGAACAGAGUACUCUUCAUCUGAAUCAGGCAGUCCAUGCUGAAGUGGCUCUGAUGGUACUCGAAGCUUACCAGAAGUACCUUGCACAGAAGCCAUACACUGGGCUUCUUUCUGAAAGUAUGAAGCAGGUUUCCUACUUGGCCAGUAUUGUUCGCUACGGAGAGACACCUGAGACCUCUUUUAACCAAUGGGCCUGGAACUUGAUCUUGAGGUUAAAACUGCACAAAAAUGAUCAUGGAAUUCAGCAGAAUUGUCCAACUGUCGCCUUCUCCAGCACUGUGCCCGACAUGACAGAGUCACCCACGUUUCAUCCUCUGCUAAAGGCUGUGAAAGCAGGCAUGCCCAUCGGCUGUUACCUGGCCCUGUCCAUGACGGCUGUGGGCCACAGCAUUGUGAAGUUCUGUGCGGAAGGCAUCUUGCUGGUGGGAACUCUGAUCCAGUCGCGGCAUCUGCGGACAGUGGUGCAUGUCCUGGACAAAGUCCUGCCCUUGUUCUACCCUUGCCAGUGCUACCUGCUGAAGAACGAGCAGUUUUUGUCACACCUCCUUCUGUUCCUACACUUGGACAGUGGUAUCCCUCAGGGUGUCACACAGCAGGUUACUCAAAAGGUGGCACAGCAUCUGACAGGAACCAGCCACGGGGAUAACGUGAAGCUUCUCAACAGCAUGAUCCAGGCACACAUAUCUGUGAGCAUGCAGCCCCAUGGAGUGGGUCCCGUUGCCGUGCUGGAGUUCUGGGUACAGGCCCUCAUAAGCCAGCAUCUGUGGUACCGCGAGCAGCCCAUCCUCUUCCUCAUGGACCACCUGUGCAAAGCAGCUUUUCAGCUGAUGCAGGAAGACUGUGUACAGAAGCUGCUCUACCAGCAACACAAGAAUGCCCUGGGUUACCACUGUGACAAGAGUCUACUGUCCUCCUUGGUGAGCUGGAUUGUGGCCGGCAAUGUCACUCCAUCCUUCGUAGAGGGCUUGGCCAUGCCCAUGCAGGUCUGGUUUGCAUGGACAGUACUGAAUAUGGAAUCCAUCUUUGAAGAGGACUCCCAACUCCGAAGAGUCGUCGAAGGGGAGUUGAUUAUAAACCCUGCCUUCACCCCUGACCAGGCUCUAAAGAAAGCCCAGGCCCAGCUGAAGUUGCCCAUCGUGCCAUCCCUCCAGAGGCUGCUGAUUUAUCGCUGGGCCCACCAGGCUUUGGUCACGCCCUCUGACCACCCACUUCUGCCACUCAUCUGGCAGAAGUUCUUCCUUCUGUAUCUCCACCGCCCUGGACCACAAUAUGGGUUACCCAUAGAUGGUUGUAUUGGAAGAAGGUUUUUUCAAAGUCCUGCUCACAUCAAUUUGUUGAAAGAAAUGAAGAGGCGUUUGACGGAGGUGGCCGACUUCCACCACACUGCCAGCAAGGCCCUUCGUGUUCCAGCAGAGGGCAGUGAAGGGCUGUUGGAGAGCCAGGCUAGCGCCCCUGGCUACCUGACCUCCCCAGAGCUGCACUCGGAGCUUGUAAGGCUCUUCAAUGUCUAUAUACUAUGGCUAGAAGAUGAGAAUUUUCAAAAAGGAGAUCCAUAUAUCCCUUCUCUACCAAAGCAUUAUGAUACUCACAGACUAGCGAGAGUGAUGCAGAACCAGCAGGAUCUGUGGGUAGAGUAUUUGAACAUGGAGCGCAUAUAUCAUGAGUUUCAGGAGACAGUUGGCCUGUGGACGCAGGCCACGCUCGAGUCGCAUUCCACGCCCUGCAGCGUGUCUGUGCAGCUGGACUUCACCGAUCCCCUGCUGGCGAAGGAGAGGGUUUUGAGUAACUUGCAGAAGCAUGAGCCUCCCCAGCCACCCCUAGCCCUGCACCCAGUGAGGCCUCCCGUGCCAGUGAUUGCCUCAGCCACUUUACUGAGUCAGAAGGAUGCCACCCAGCUGGUGUGCACAGAUCUGAAUCUGUUGCAACAACAGGCCAGAACUGCAGCCCUGCGGGAAUCCCAGCAGGUGGCCCUGGAUGGGGAGUUGUUGGACACGAUUCCCAAGCAGUAUGUGAAUCGGGAGGAACAGACCACACUGCACUUGGAGUGCAGAGGCAGUGGUGGUAAGAAGUGCCAAGGAGCUGCAGUUGUAAUGGUUCAGUUUGAAGGCAUGCACAAGAGUGAAGCAGUGAGCCAGCAGCUUCAUGUUCUUCGGAAGGAAGUGAAGCAGUUGCAGGUGGAAGCCACCAAGCCACCAUCACUUCAUGUUGUGGAAGCUGCUGUGCAUGCAGAAAACUUGAUUACGGCCUUAGUGAAUGCCUAUAAGUUGCAGCCUACACCUGGGAUUCAGAAGGUUGGCAUAAGCCUUUUCUUCACUGUUGUGGAUUAUGUCAGCGAUGAGACGCAGCGCCAUCCCCCCACAAGGCAGUUCUUUACUUCAUGCAUUGAGAUCUUGGGACAGGUGUUUAUCAGUGGCACUAAAUCAGAGUGCAAAAAAGUGCUUCAGACCAUUUUGAAGAACAGAAGGCUCUGCUCCCUCCUGUCUCCCUUCUUUACUCCUAAUGCUGCACCCACAGAGUUCAUACAGCUGUAUGAGAAGGUGGUGAAGUUUCUAUGUGAGGACAACAGUGACAUGAUUUUCAUGCUGCUGACCAAGUUCGAUCUUAAGCAAUGGUUAAACGCCACUAAACCUCCUCUGUCUGAUCGUACCAGGCUCCUGGAGUCCAUUCACUUGGCACUUACUGCCUGGGGCCUUGAACCAGAUGAGGAUAUUUUGAUGCCAUUUAAUCUUUUCUGUAAGCACUGGACUUACCUUCUUCUCUACCAGUUCCCUGACCAGUACAGUGACAUUCUCAGGCUACUGAUGCAGAGCUCCGCUGAGCAGCUGCUGAGCCCUGAGUGCUGGAAGGCCACUCUGAGAGCACUGGGCUGCUGUGCCUUGAGCUGCCAGCAGGGAGCAGCCUCUGCCGAGAGUGCCGUGCUCCAAGGCCCUUUGGAUGCGCUUCUGUCGGACAAGCAGGUGAUGGAAACUAUACAGUGGCUUUCAGACUUCUUUUAUAAGCUUCGAUUAUCCAAGUUGGAUUUCAGAAGCUUUGGUUUAUUCUCAAAAUGGAGUCCUUACAUGGUUGAUGUGAAGACGUUCUUGGGCUAUCUUGUGAGAAGGCUGAUUGACUCAGAAAUUACCUGCUUAGCCCAGGAUCCAUCUGCCAGCAGCAAAACAGUGCUGAGGACCCUUCAUUCAGUCAUUAUCCAGCUCUUUAAGCCAUGGAUACUGGCUUUGGAGGACCAUGAAAGCAGCCAACAACGACAUUACCCCUGGCUGGAGAGUGAUGCCGUGGUGGCCUCCAGCAUCGUGCAGUUAUUCACCGACUGUAUUGGCUUGUUGCAUGAGAGUUUUAAAGGUAAGCUGUCACCAGGUGAUGAAGGCGCUCUUUGGUUGCACCUGAUGCAUUACUGUGACACGUGCACAGCCCCCAGAAUGCCUGAGUUCAUCCUGUAUGCGUUUCAUAGCGCAUACCGGCAGCUCCAGUGGAAGGACCUGCAGCCAGACCAGCUGCUCAUGGAGGCCUUCUUUAAGGUGGAGCGAGGAAGCCCUAAGAGCUGCUUCUUAUUUUUGGGGUCUGUGCUAUGUGAAGUCAAUUGGGUUAGUGUGCUCUCCGAUGCCUGGAGUCCCAGUCCCCACCCAGAAACCCGCAGCAUGAUCGUCUGCCUUCUUUUCAUGAUGAUUUUAUUGGCAAAGGAAGUUCAACUAGUAGAUCAAGCAGAUUCACCUUUACUGAGUCUCCUUGGACAGAUGAGCUCACUCUCAUGGCAUCUUGUGGAUAUUGUGUCCUAUCAAAGUGUGCUGGGUUAUUUCAGCAGUCAUUAUCCGCCAUCCAUCAUCCUGACCAAGGAGUCUUCUGCUGAAUUAAUCGUGAAACUCCUCAAAGUAUCUGCAGGCCUUUCUGUUCCUACUGACGGCCAGAAGCAUCUGGAUGCCAUUCCAAAAAGCCGAGCUUUCACUCAUCAGAUGGUUCAGUUUCUCAGCACCCUGGAACAAAAUGGAAAAAUCACCUUAGCAGUCCUAGAACAGGAGAUGUCUAAGCUCUUGGAUGACAUCAUUGUUUUUAAUCCGCCGGACAUGGACAGCCAGGCCCGCCACAUGGCCCUCAGCAGCCUGUUCAUGGAGGUCCUCAUGAUGAUGAACACCGCGACCCUCCCGACGGCAGAGUUCCUCCGGGGCAGCGUCCGGGCCUGGAUUGGCCAGAACGUGCAUGGGCUGGCGGUUUUGCCGCUCCUGACCGCUGCCUGCCAGAGCCUGGCAUCCGUCCGUCACAUGGCUGAGACCACAGAAGCCUGCAUCGCCGCCUACUUCAGAGAAGGCUCCCUCAAUCAGAACCCUGGGUGGGGUCCCAUCCUGCUAUCCCUGCAGGUGCCCGAGCUCACUGUGGAGGAGUUCCUGCAGGAAUGCCUGGCCCUGGGCAGUUACCUGACCCUGUACGUGUACCUGCUGCAGCGCCUGAACAGUGAGCAGACUCUACGAAAUGAGAUGAGGAUGCUGCUGCUUCUGAGCCAGUGGCUGGAGCAGGUGUAUCCCAGCUCCACGGAGGAAGAGGCAAAGCUGUUUCUGUGGUGGCACCAAGUCCUGCGGCUGUCCCUGGUUCAGACAGAGCAGAAUGACUCGGUACUGACAGAGUCCAUCAUCCGAGUCCUGCUCAUGCUUCAGAGCAGGCAGAGCCUCCUGGCUGAGGAGAGGCUCAGCUCUGGGCUCCUGGGGGCAAUUGGGCUGGGCCGGAAGUCACCCUUGUCCAACAGGUUCCGAGUGGUUGCCCGAGGCAUGGCUGCCUUCCUUUCAGUUCAGGUGCCUGCUGAAGACCAGAUCCGGUUGAAGCCUGGUUCUGAAUUACAGCUAACCCCAAAAGCUCAGCAGGCCCUGACUGUCCUGGAGUCCAUGGCCUUGAGCAAGCAGUACAUGGAAUUCCAGGAGCAGUUGUCUCAGGCCUGCCAGUUUAUAAAGCACCCCGGCCAUUGCCUCCAAGAUGGGAAUAGCUUCCUGGCUCUGCUCGUCAACUGCCUCUACCCGGAAGUGCAUUAUCUGGACAACAUACGGUAG